AUUCCUAUCUGUCUCCGCUAUUAUCUCCACGACAGACUGUAUGAAAGACCCAAGCUGGAUGAUAGUUGUUGUCAUUCACAAAUGGCUAAUUAAAUCCUUUCCUAAAUAUGAAUCACAUGGCCUCAUUAUAAAACCUGGACACAUGAGAAGUUCAAGG